AUGUCCGAAUCGUCUCGGUCGAUAAACCAUAAGCUCAACGAGUUGUUGAGCAAGAGCAGUGUUUCCAAAUCGAAACUCGAUGUGGACCUAUCCUUGAGCUACCUGGCCACAUUGAAGGCCAACAUUCUUGGCAAGGACAAGCAGGAAAAAGUGAACUCGAUUGUUGUUCUCGCCAAACUUCUUGAUUGCAUAUCUGUGUCUGGCUCUGAAGUCACUUCUCCACAAUACACGGAGAUCUUGGACGAAACCUUGUUCAACUCGUUGUUUUCCAUUGUGUCAACGAAAAUGUCCACGGAAACAUACAAGGCCAUCUUGAAGAUCGCCUUGAUCACCAUUUUCAAGGGCCCUUACCCCCCUGAUUUUGGAGACAAUUCCAUCGACAUCCACCUCCCGCUUUACAAGAGUCUCAUCACGUACUUGGAUGCAAUCGAUGUCAUUACUGAAAAGCUUUACUUGUCCGACACUAAAAUCCUCCUCAACUCUAUCAAGUUCGUCACUGAGCUCAUAAAUAUUGCUUUGCGGACAAACUACGACCGCAUCAUCACCAUUGCGGGCCGUCUCAAGCACGUCAAGUUCUUCUCCACCGUGGGCAACUUGAUUGAGACCACAGAUGCCCUGAUCUUAGAAGCCAUUUCUGCUUUGGAGAAGAGCUACUUCAACUUGAACGAGUAUCUCAGAAAAACGAGAUUCGACUUGUCCUUAGAAUCUCACCAGGUCAUGUUGAACAAUUUGUUUAUCUAUUUGGACGUGUCCUUGAACGAGUUUGGAACCCCGGCAUCUACUGAGGAGUACGUCAAGGCAGGAUUUACUUCCAAUCCUCGCAAAUUUGUCGUAGACAACUUUAGCAUCUUGUUGGCUAUGGAUUUGAAGGUUUUCUUGAAAGACCCCGUUAUGACCUUUAAGAAAAAGUUCCACGAAGAGUUAAUGAUGAGCGACCACAAACGAACAUUUCCUUUAUACCUUUUCAUCUCCAAGUGCACAGACCUUUGGCUAAGCACUUUCGACAAUAAGGAAAAAUACCCUCAUAUCAAUGUGCACAUUCUCUCGUGGGAGUUGAUGAUCUACUACUCUAUGAAUAACGCAUUGGUGUUGUGGCAGGAGACUAAAUCCCAUGUGGAAAGGACAGAGGACAUUGAUGGAAUUGUGCAAAUGUUGGUGGUUAAUAUCGAUUUCUUGGAGCACUCUUUGGCUACAAAUGACAACAUUGAGGAUUGUCUUCAAGUGUUCACUGCACGGACACCAGACGAGAUUAGGCACGGCCAGUUUUCAGAGAAUAAGGCCGCCAUAUCUUCAACGUGGGCACCUCGGUUUCAAGAGUUUGACCGUAUUUUGGCUCAAGAAGUGUUUGAUUUUGUAUGCGAGCAAAGAGCAAUCCAGUUACUAAAAGGUUCGUGGGUUCACACAGAAGCCCAUGCUGAUUAUCUUUUCAAGGGACAUCGCAAAUCUGGAGACGGCCCUAAUUAUUACUUUAUUCUUUUGAGUCCUAACAGAAAAUCCAUCUUUUACAAGGGUUACGAUGAAAUCAGCUCUUUGAAACCGUCAUUUGAAGAGAUGGAGUCGCAGGCGAUUGACCUUAAGCAAAUUGCGGGAUUUAAGUCGAUAAAAAUCGGAAACCUGGUUGGUGAAGAGGACCAGCAAAAAAUCUCGUCCUUGGUGUCUGUCAAAGGUACAAUUUCAUACGAGAAAAUCACGCUUUUGGACAGGAACCACAAGGCACUUUUAAGUUUCUACACUGACUCGCAAGAUAAUAAGGCGAUCUGGCUAGAUGGCCUCAAAAUGUUAAAGGGAAUCACAGACAAGAGAGAGCUUUCUGCCGAAACUUUUGCUCAAAUCCAAUCUUUGGUAGAGAUCAGAAAAAGUACCCAGCUACUUGCGCUCGGAGACUCCCAGUUUGGCCAGGUAGUCAUGGAUUCCGACGAAGACGAUGACGACGAUGAAGACGACUAUUACGAUUUGGUUGAGUUGGCCACAGUUCUGAGCGGAUUUCAUUUUCUGUGA